ACGCUUUGUGACGUCACAGAUAUAAUGACGUUUGACCACGUAAGUCUAUUGUUCACCAAAGGCGUCAAAACUCUAGAGUUCAGAUGAAUCGUGCCACUGUUGACAGUACACAUUUGCAAAGCGCCAAAAAGGUGAGUUAAUGUUUACAUUUGUUCAAAGCGUCACCUGCAUACUAAUAUAACAAUAGGUGCACACGUUAAUCACACGUAUCUUUAACUGAGUUACAUUUUAAUGAACGUUAAAACUAAAUUUGGUUUCUGAACCUUUUGCUUACUUUAACCAAAUGCGGUUUGGAGCCGAUAUUUUAUGUGAGUCGUUGUGAAUUGCUUCUUACAGAAGGCAUCCAAACUUUUCUUGGUGUAUCGGAUAAUACCAAUUAUUAUCAUGUAUCCUUAUGAAGAGGUUCAAAAAUAACACAUUCCAAUAUUCCUACAAACUGUCAAAUUUGUUCUAUCCUCGUGGUUAGUAGGCCUAUAUGGCUUAAAAAGUUUUCAGGGCCAUGGCCUUUAUUAUAUUUGGCUAAAUUAAAUUGGAAGUAAUCUUUCUGAAGUUCAGGAGCUGCAAGCUCGGCUAAAUUUAGUUUCUGGACCCAGUGUGAUGCAUUCAGUUAUAUUAUUAAUUUAUCAGUUGGAAGGUCUACAUGAACGUGACACUGUAACGUCUAUCUCAGUUAUGACGUCACUGUUCUUAUGAAAAACAUAUUACGCCAUGUUAUAAUAGCAUCGUUGUGACGUCAUUAAGUGACGUGAACAAACGGUUACGUCAUGGUAUUGUUAUUGCCAACACAUACCCAAGGUCAACCCAUACAGGCGACAUCGUAUGUGUGAUGCAUUCGAAAUCAGAAGGUUUAAUUACUUCUAUAGAAUAGACUCUUGUAACCAAAAAUAUUGGAAGCACAAUGCCUGUUGAUAAAGAAGAAGAGGCUGAAGUGAUUAAGGAGUACACGUAUUGGCUGUACUUGUUUGUGGCUCUGGAGAGAGAACGUGCCACACUUCACCGCAAGAAAGAUAUCACCCCAGAGGUUCUCAUGGCAGACAGAGAUUACGUCAUGGAGUACACGAGCCAGACACUGGAAUAUCUAUACUGGAGAGAGCAGUGUCCUCAGCAACUGACUGAAAAAAUAAACAAUUUUGCAACUAGAGUUCUGGAAAAGUUCACCUCUUUGGAAAAGACAAGGAAGACUACUGGAAAGACUCCCCUCGAAUUCUUCCCCGACCACUACGCCUUGGACACCAUGGAAGUUUCUACCCGUCCUGUGCCUGAGUGUCCGUUUGAAUUAUCGGAAGUGCUAUCCCCACGUGCUGCUGAGCGUCUUUCUCCACCAAAAGUCCUCCUGAAGAUUGAAUCGGACUGCAAUGACAACACUUCGGACGUUAUAACCGACUGUAGAGUUAUUAAAAGUGUCAACAUUCACAAAAACGAAGCUGUCGACACUCGUUUGAUGAAAAAAUCAAAGAUUACCAAAGUGAAAAGUUUUUUCGCAAGACUGCGAAUCUCCCCUCGUAGCGCCAUCUACCGAACAGACAAGACCUUGAAGUCUUUGAGACGAAGAAUCUCUGCCGCUUUCUGCGCCUGCGCAACCGGAACCUCCGAUGACCAGUAGUCGAGUACAGUUGUUUCUACGCGGACUUUUACGCUACUCAUAUACAUUUUUUGGUUUUAAUAUUGAAAACAGAUAUUUUUUAAAAGCAUGUGAGUAAAAUGUUUGCAUUGUUUGUGUGUCAGAUGAUAUAUCAUUCAUGUCAAAAGAGAUGCCAAUGUCAGGAAGGUACCAGAGCGCCACUCCAAAUAGCUGUGAUUGUACAUACACACGUAUAUGAGGCGAAUCGAGUCUCCACAACAUCAUGCAUGCGCGCGCAGGGCUGUGUCUAUAUAGUUCUGUAUACAUGUAUAUAACCAGAUAUAGGUUCGAACCUAUACCAGUCCACUUAAUUCUGAAUAAUACAUCAUAUGUAUAGGUCUAUGUCUCACCGAUGCUGUUCAGUUGUUGUUCAAUAAACUGUGAGU